GCAAAAGCCGGGCUUCUCUUUGCUUGCACGCCGGUUGCUACCGUAACAAGCGAAGUUUCAUUCGAAAAGCCAUCUAGUAGCCAUAAUAUCCACUAGAGUCAGAGGGAAAAUUCUAAUCUUGUUGACGCUUGUAGACGAUAAAGUCCCGAAAUCCAAGCAAUCUUUGGCACUUUGUUUACAUGGGGUCUAACAGCAGCCGGCUCGGCUCUGGUGUUUCUCAUGAGUGGAACCCAGAGGAAAUUUUUAGACAGCAGCCUUGGUUUUGCUGCAGGUGUAAUGCUUGCGGCCUCAUACUGGUCUCUUCUAGCUCCUGCCAUUGAAAUGGCAGAAAGCUCAGGAAUGUAUGGAGAAUCAGGAGAAUAUGCCUUUGCUCCUGUUGCUCCUGGGUUUUUCUUAGGAGCUUUAUUUGUUUAUGCAGCUGAUCAGUUGAUGCAUUACUUUAAAAUUGGAUCAACAGAAUUAAUGAUUGAUAUGAAUGUAGAGUGCAAUUUGUCUCCAGAAACAAAACAAAAAGGGAUUGUUGGCUGCCGUUAUGAUGGAUCUUGAACAAAUCCUGGACAAUAAACCUAUCCGUCCUCCAAUGAUAUCAACGCUGGCGAUGAGAUGACAAGACAAAACCGAAAAUAUACACCCGUCGAUAUAAUAACGGUUACAAUAGCAACCAAGGAAAGUGCGAUUUCGGCCAGUUGCGGUCAAACGUUUUGGAGCCAAAUUCUCAUGUAACAUGUUGGCCUUUUGUAUUAUUCUAUGACCCUGUGAGAUGGGCUUCAUGCGAGGAAUACUUGGAUAUAGUUGGAGAUGAUUCUGAGAAAACACGGUAUCUCUUAUC